AUGGGCGAGCUAGGCGUGACGUCGACCGUGGCUGUAACGCUCUCGGCCGCUGCUGCUGCUGCGUUUAUCAUUCUUCGCCAGCAGCAGAAGCACAAGGAGAAGCUCCGUAAUGAUCUGCCGUUCCCUAUGACGCGCACGCCCCUUGAGCGCGUGCCUUUGGACCUGCUGCCCAAGCUCAAGAACGAUUUAUUGCUCCGGGCAUUACGCGGCGAUGCUACAGAGCGGGUGCCUGUGUGGUGUAUGCGCCAAGCUGGACGUCAUUUGCCCGAGUUCCAAGAGCUACGCAAAAAGGGUUAUGAUUUUUUCACGAUGUGCCAAGUGCCGCCGCUUGCAGUGGAAGUGAGUCUGCAGCCUUUACGGCGCUAUCACGUGGAUGCAGUGAUCAUAUUCUCGGACAUUUUAGUGAUUCCGCAGGCGAUGGGCAUGGAAGUCAAGAUGGUGGCAAAAGUGGGCCCAGUGCUGCCGGAUCCUAUUCGGACGCCUGAGGACAUCCAGAAGCUCGAUUUGAACCCUAAUAUUGAGGACAAGCUCGGCUACAUGCUGGACGCACUAAACUUGGCUCGACAGAAGAUCAAUGGUGAAGUGCCGCUGAUUGGGUUUGUGGGUGCCCCUCUUACGCUCAUGUGCUACAUGAUUGAGGGCAGUGGCAGUCGCACCAAGGCGCUGCUCAAGACUUUCCUGUAUCAGCACCCAAAAGCGGCUCAUAAGCUACUACAAGGCAUCACGAAUGUGUGCGUGAACUUUCUAUUGGCGCAGCAGCGUGCCGGUGCACAGGCACUUCAGGUUUUUGAGACAGUUGGAGCCGAGGCGCUGACCCAGGACCACUUUUAUGAAUUCGUGUUCCCGUACAUGGCCCAGAUUGCGAACCGUGUGAAGGCAGAGGUCGACGUGCCCAUGGUCUGCUUUUGUAAGGGCACACAGUACGCUUACAAGAAGCUCGUGGCUACUCAAUAUGACUGCAUUGGACUGGAUUGGCAGUCUGACCCUGUUGAGGUUCGUCAGCUUGCUCGCGGUCGCGUCUCGUUGCAGGGUAACAUGGAUUCGAGUGCCAUCUAUGCCUCUACGGAUAUCAUCUAUGACGAAGUGAAGAAAAUGCUGAAGCGCUUUGGCACGCAGAAGUACGUGGCUAAUCUUGGCCAUGGUUGUUUUCCGGACAUGGAUCCAGUGCAUGUGGAUGCCUUUGUUAAAGCGGUACAAGAGAUCUCGCUUGAGAUGAACUCGCGUUAG